UGCUUGACCGACGGACAGACUGACGGCGGCUCGCUGGAGCAUCCCGCACCCAUCCUCCUGUUUAUCCAUCUGUACCUCGCUCCUCGCUCCUCCCCGUCUCCCACUCUUUUUCUGACUGACGCACCGCUGUGUUGUUCGACACUCAGCCCACCCAGCGCUGCUGUGCUGCUGAAGCUGAGGCUGACUCUCUCUCUCUCUCUCUCUCUCUCUCUCGCUCUCUCUUUCCCCGGCGGAUUCUCCAUGUAUGGAUGCGCUAAGGGAAAGGAUGCUGUAGGUUGACCAAAGACAGGGAGAAAGGCAGAAAUACGAGGCUGGUGAAGGAGAUUCGAGAAGGAGGCACCGGAGGAUCCUGGGCGCUGUUUUGAAUGGGCAGAGGAGGUUUCAUCCUCUGCGGUCGUCGAGUCUGAGUUGCUGAGGUGCCAGGUGUGAGUCUGUGCAGCCACACGGAUCUCCAGCUCUUCCGCUCGCUCACACAGCCACCUGCAUCAUGGCGGGGGCGUCGGUGAAGGUGGCGGUGAGGGUCCGACCCUUCAACUCCAGGGAGAUCGGGAAGGAGAGUAAAUGCAUCAUUCAGAUGUCAGGAAACACCACAACAAUCCUGAACCCCAAACAGCCGAAAGAAAACAAGAGCUUUAACUUCGACUUUUCAUACUGGUCACAUACCACGCCUGAGGACAUCAACUAUGCGUCUCAGAUGCAGGUGUACAAGGACAUUGGAGAGGAGAUGCUGCUUCACGCCUUUGAAGGCUACAACGUGUGCAUAUUUGCAUAUGGCCAGACGGGAGCGGGCAAAAGCUACACCAUGAUGGGCCGACAAGAGAAAGACCAGCAAGGAAUCAUACCUCUGCUCUGUGAGGACCUCUUCACCAAGAUCAAUGACAGCAAUAAUGACAAUAGCAUGUCUUACUCUGUGGAGGUGAGUUACAUGGAGAUUUACUGUGAGCGUGUCCGUGACCUGCUGAACCCCAAAAACAAAGGAAACCUUCGUGUCAGAGAGCACCCUCUGAUGGGGCCCUACGUGGAGGAUCUCUCCAAGCUAGCCGUCACCUCCUACAACGACAUCCAGGACCUGAUGGACUCUGGAAACAAGGCCAGGACUGUGGCUGCUACCAACAUGAACGAGACCAGCAGCCGCUCCCAUGCUGUUUUCAACAUCAUCUUCACACAGAAGAAACACGACAUGGAGACGGAAAACACAUCAGAAAAGGUCAGCAAGAUCAGUCUGGUGGACUUGGCUGGCAGUGAGAGAGCCGACUCAACUGGAGCCAAAGGAACCAGACUGAAGGAAGGAGCAAACAUCAACAAGUCUUUAACCACACUGGGGAAAGUUAUUUCUGCUCUAGCUGAACUGGACUCGGCACCAAACAAGAACAAGAAAAAGAAGAAGGUGGAGAGCUUUAUUCCCUACAGAGACUCAGUUCUGACCUGGCUACUGAGGGAGAACUUGGGAGGAAACUCUCGCACAGCUAUGGUGGCUGCCCUCAGCCCUGCUGAUAUUAACUAUGAUGAAACCCUCAGUACCCUCCGGUAUGCCGAUCGUGCCAAACAGAUCCGCUGCAACGCCGUGAUCAACGAGGACCCCAACAACCGUCUGGUGCGUGAGCUGAAAGAGGAGGUGGCUCGCCUCAAGGACCUGCUGUAUGCACAGGGCCUGGGAGACAUCAUAGAGAACCUGUGCGAUUACAAGAACUUUGUGAAUAAUCGCCAGGCUGUCAAUCAAAGGGGUGAUCUCUCCACAGUGACCAACGCCAUGACGGGUAUGAGCCCCUCUCCUUCGCUCUCGGCACUGUCCAGUCGCGCCGGGUCCAUCAGCAACCUCCACGAUCGCAUCUUCAGCCCGGCCAGCGAGGAGGCCAUCGAGAGGCUCAAGGAAACUGAGAAAAUCAUCGCAGAGCUCAAUGAGACCUGGGAGGAGAAGCUGCGUCGUACUGAGGCCAUUCGCAUGGAGAGAGAGGCCCUGCUGGCUGAGAUGGGUGUUGCCAUGAGAGAGGACGGAGGCACUGUGGGUGUCUUCUCUCCGAAAAAGACUCCGCAUCUGGUGAACCUGAAUGAGGACCCACUGAUGUCUGAGUGUCUGCUGUAUUACAUUAAAGAUGGGAUUACCAAGGUUGGCCGCGAAAACGCCAAGACUCGCCAAGACAUUGUUCUCAGCGGCCAUUUUAUCAAAGAUGAACACUGCACCUUCAGCAGCACCACAGGCCCCCAGGGAGAAGGAUGUGUCAUCCUUGAGCCAUGUGAGGGGGCAGAGACGUACGUCAAUGGGAAGAGAGUGACAUCACCCAUUGUUCUGCGGUCUGGGAAUCGCAUCAUCAUGGGAAAGAGCCAUGUGUUUCGUUUCAACGACCCAGAGCAGGCCCGUCUGGAGCGAGAGAGGACGCCGUGCGCUGAGACACCGGUGGAGCCCGUCGACUGGGCCUUCGCUCAGAGAGAGCUGCUGGAGAAACAAGGCAUCGACAUGAAGCAGGAGAUGGAGCAGAGGCUUCAGGAACUUGAGGAUCAGUACCGUAAAGAAAGAGAAGAAGCCAGUAACCUGCUAGAGCAACAAAGACUGGACUAUGAGAGUAAACUGGAGGCGCUGCAGAAACAAGUGGACUCUCGGUACCUGGAGUCACCAGAGGAAGAGGAGGAGCCUGAAGAGGAAGUGCCGUGGACAAAGCGUGAGACCGAGCUGGCUCUGUGGGCUUUCAGAAAGUGGCGUUUCUACCAGUUCACCUCUCUCAGGGAUCUUCUCUGGGGCAAUGCCAUCUUCCUCAAAGAGGCCAAUGCUAUCAGUGUGGAGCUGAAGAAGAAGGUGCAGUUCCAGUUCGUCCUGUUGACAGACACUCUCUACUCUCCACUGCCGCCUGAUCUGUUGCCCCCCUGCGUGGCCAAAGAGAGAGAGAGACGACCUUUCCCUCAGACCAUUGUAGCUGUCGAAGUACAGGAUCAGAAAAAUGGAGCCACACAUUACUGGACUCUGGAGAAACUCAGGCAGAGGCUGGACCUGAUGAGAGAAAUGUAUGACCGUGCCGCAGAGCUCCCCAGCAGCGCUGUGGAGGACUGCGACCACGCCCUGACCGGAGGCGAUCCCUUCUACGACCGCUUCCCCUGGUUCCGUCUGGUCGGCAGGGCUUUUGUGUACCUGAGUAACCUGCUGUACCCGGUGCCCCUGGUGCAUCGCGUGGCCAUCGUCAGCGAGAAAGGAGAGGUGAAAGGUUUCCUCAGAGUGGCUGUGCAGGCCAUCUCAGCUGAUGAGGAGGCUCCGGAUUACGGCUCUGGUGUGAGGCAGUCAGGCACUGCCAAGAUCUCCUUUGAAGACAAACAGUUUGAGAAGUUCCAGACUGAGUCGUGCUCUGGUAGUCUGUCGCACUCGAACACCUCUCAGGAGGAGCUGCGAAUUGUGGAGGGAGAGGGACAAACCGCUGAGACAGGGAUCUCUGCGGACGAAGUCAACAACAACACUUGUGUUGCCACCCUGGAGGCUCCCUGCAGCCCAGUGAAGAGUUUAGGUCUGGGUCUGGAUCUUCCUCUGGACCUCUCUCCAGAGAAAGCUCUGUCCCACCUGAAGAUCGGCAGCACCUUCACCUUCAGAGUCACCGUCUUACAGGCCUCCAGCAUUUCGGCCGAGUAUGCCGACAUCUUCUGCCAGUUCAAUUUCAUCCACCGUCAUGACGAAGCGUUCUCCACUGAGCCACUGAAGAACACCGGCAGAGGGCCUCCGCUAGGCUUCUACCACGUACAAAAUAUCACAGUGGAAGUGACCAAGUCCUUUGUGGAGUACAUAAAGACCCAGCCCAUCGUCUUUGAGGUCUUUGGUCACUAUCAGAAACAGCCUUUCCCUCCACUCUGCAAAGACCUGAUCAGUCCGCUGAGACCGUCAAGGAGGCAGUUCCCCAGGGUGAUGCCCUUAUCCAAACCAGUGCCGGCCACAAAGCUCAGCACUUUGACUCGCUCCACUGCAGGACCAUGUCACGCCAAAUACGACCUCAUGGUCUUCUUUGAGAUCUGUGAGCUGGAGGCCAACGGAGACUACAUCCCUGCUGUUGUUGACCACAGAGGCGGGAUGCCCUGUCAUGGCACAUUCCUCUUACAUCAGGGCAUUCAGAGGAGGAUCACGGUUACCAUCGCUCAUGAAACAGGAAAUGAUAUUGAGUGGAAAGAGGUGAAGGAGCUGGUUAUCGGUCGCAUUCGAAACACACCAGAGGCUGAUGAGACCAUCAUAGACCCCAACAUCCUUUCCCUCAACAUCCUGUCCUCUGGAUACUUCUGGCCAAAACACGACGACAACGUCUCCUUGGGAGUUGAUCAUAGAACUUUCUACCGAUUCGAGGCAGCAUGGGACAGCUCCAUGCACAACUCUCUGCUGCUGAACAGAGUCACUCCCUAUGGGGAGAAGAUCUACAUCACCCUCUCUGCUUAUCUAGAGAUGGAGAACUGCACUCAGCCAACUGUGAUCACCAAAGAUUUCUGCAUGGUCUUUUACUCCCGUGACACGAAGCUGCCGGCCUCUCGCUCCAUCAGAAACCUCUUCAGCACUGGCUGCCUCCGGCCCGCUGAGAGCAACCGUGUCACAGGAGUCUAUGAAGUCACUCUGUGCCAUGUGGCAGACAAUGGAAGUCCAGGCAUGCAGCGUCGUCGCAGGCGCGUGCUGGACACCUCGGUGGCGUACGUCCGAGGAGAGGAAAACCUGGCCGGGUGGAGGCCUCGCAGUGACAGCCUCAUCCUGGACCACCAGUGGGAGCUGGAGAAACUCAGCUUACUGCAGGAGGUGGAGAAGACCAGGCACUACCUGCUGCUGAGGGAGAAGCUGGAGGCGACUCUGCAGGCGGGACAGGAAGCCCUCUACAAGAGCGGCGACAUCAGCGACUUUGCAAAGAGUCCCGUCCUCAGCCACAGUCCCAGCAGCAGCCCUGCCCCUGAGAGCCCCAACCAGAGGCAGAGGGAGCUGGCUGCCAAGUGUCUGCGUCUGCUGAUGCACACCUUCAACAGGGAGUACAGCCAGGUGAGCAGCAGUGCCAGUGAGAGCAAGCUUUCUGAGAUGUCUGCAUCACUAAUGAGGGAAUCAUCAUCGUCCGGACUGAGCACGCUCACUCCAUCCUCUACCUGCCCGUCACUGGUCGAGGGACACUAUGACAUUAGACACACUGAACCCAGUUCUGGAGCGUCCACCCCAGAUCUGGACCCAUUCAGCCCAGUGGACAGAAAGAAAGCUCUCAGAGGAUGCACCUUUGUUCCUGAUAUACAGGAAAUCCGUGUCAGUCCCAUUGUGUCAAAGAAGGGCUACUUGCACUUCCUGGAGCCCCACACCAGUGGCUGGGUGAAGCGCUAUGUGGUUGUGCGCAGGCCCUACGUCUACCUGUACCGCAGUGAGAGGGACAGCGUUGAGAGAGCUGUCAUCAACCUGUCGUCUGCAAAGGUGGAAUACAGUGAAGACAAACAGACCUUACUACGGACUCCCAACACGUUCGCUGUGUGCACUGAGCAUCGUGGGAUACUGCUGCAGGCCACCAAUGACAAAGAGAUGCAUGACUGGCUGUACGCUUUCAACCCUCUGUUAGCCGGCACCAUCAGGUCAAAGCUGUCGCGGAGAAAAUCGGUCCAGUCGGUCCCGUCUGCCCAGCGGAUGUGAGAGGUGAACCAGCCUGGUGGAAAACAAAACAAAACAAAAUGAACAAAACAAUACAAUCUAAAAGCUCCGCUCACCAUCCUGCUCUAAUGAACACUGACCAUAUAAACAAACUUACACAUAAAACCAUUUAAGUACCCUCCUGUAUGACGCCACUCGGUCGCUCAUCCCAAACCCCAACAAAACUUUCCCUUCUCUCUCCUUGCAGUCGACACCUCAAACCCUGCAUGGUGUGUUCCCUCCUGACCAUUAGAAAAACACAUAAGAAAAACUAACCACCCAAACAUGUUAAUUAACAUACCUCUGCUGGGCAUCUGAUUAGUUUUCACAUGUAGAAAUCUAUCAUCUGUGAGGCUACCAAAUCCCUGUAGAAAGUUAAUAUGUGCUCAAUCCCUCCUUCAUUUAUCAUAACUGAAAAUAAGUCCCAGUUGUAAACCAACCAUUCAUGUAUUUCUAAUAAAUGCCAUCAGGUGAGGGGGAAAAUGAGAACAUCAAACCGGAUGUGUCUCCGUGUAGAAGCGUAGAAGUGUGCAGGAAUGACAGCUCCACGUACAACCAUUAUACAUAUACUGUACAUUACCUCAGUUUGGAAUGGCUUGGUGCUCUAAAACAUAGAGUAUUUGUUUCACUGCAGCGGUUUCAGAUAGCAGAUCGGUCAUUUUAACACUGAAGUAGCAUGAGGAGAGAUUUGUUAGGACUAAAGGGUAAUUUGUUGUAUCAUUGUUGUCGUUCUUUUUUAACUGCUUCAAUGAAAAUUGAGUUCCUUGGCUAGACUAAGGCAAAAUAAUCCACAAUCAGGAGAGAUAACACAUGUCCUUGCCUUGUACUUCAUAUGUGCUUUUUUUUUAAAAAAAAAAAACAAACAAAAAAAACAUACUCCCUUGUGCGUAUACCCAUAAAGGAAAAUAUUAUUUAAUGUGGCUAUCUUAUGUUCUCUGCACUGUUUAUUUGUGACAGGACCACUGAUCAGUUUUGUUGCAUGGCACUUUAUUGUCUUUAUUGAGUUAAUGUAUCACUUUGUUUUAACCAAAGCACUGUUUUCAUGUUGUAAAUGCUUCAAACAUUGUCUUCUGUGCACUUGUGUUAGCAGACAGUUUUUGAGAAUCAUUGGCUGUUAAACAAAUAGAGAAUUAGAGAAAAAUGCCUAUUUCCUAUCUUGCAGAGAAAGAUAAGAUCAAUACUAUGCUAAAUAUGAAGCUAUGGCCAGCAGCUGGUUGGCUUAGCUUAGCCUAGCUGGAAACAGGGGGAAACCUGGCCAGGUUUUGUCCAUAGAUAACAAAAUCACCAACAUACCAGUAUCUAAAGUUCACUAAUUAAAUUUAGGUGGUUUGUUUGAUAACACAAACUGAAGAUUUUACAGGGAGUUAAGUGCUGGACUGCUUCCUAGCAGGGUGCAGAGACUUUCUCGAUAAACCAAGACACAAUGAGAUAUAAUGUGUUAAUUAGUGAGUUUUAGAGGUGUCGGUAGCCAGAUUUUUUUUGUCUUAAAGUUGAGCUAGGCAAGAUGUCUCCCCUGUUUCUUUAUGCUAAGCAUACUGAUGUACUUAGUUACCUUCUCUCAGAGAACAUUGGUUAUAUGCAUAACCUCUAGAUCUUCUCAUCUACCUUUUUGCAAGAAAGAAAAUUAGCAAGUUUUUGAAACUGUCCUAUUUCUUAAAAUGAAUCAAUUCCAUCAAUUCUAUCUAAAUUGACCUAAGGUGUUUUAUAUGGUGAGUACACCAGGAGGACACCUGUACUGUAUGUGUGUGUUUAAAUUCUUAUCAAAUAAGCACUUAUUCUGUCUGUUAGGGGCCAGCAGAGUUGUUACAUCAAAUAAGUUUACUAUAAGUCUCCUCUAGUAGCUAAACGGGAAGUUGUAAAUGAUCCUGGACCUGUAAUCUGUUGAGGGCAGUUGCUUUGAGUGGGCAAGAGCGUUGCCCAUGCACCAGAUAGUGCCUCCCUUUCUUCACCUCUUUUUCUUCUCUCCCUUCUUCAUCAUUGUCUUUGACAUCCACACUAAAGUUAGUUACAUGUGUCCAAGAGUAAGCUUUUAUGUAGAGUAAUAGUAGAUGCAAUGGAUCUUUUUUUUAAAUAUUGAUGAUCUAUUUCAAUGUUUUGGAGAGUGAAUAUUAUCAAUGAUGCUUUAUAGUAUGUUGGUACAGCCUGUAACAGUACAGUGCAGCGCAUAUUUCAUUAUCAUUGACUGUAAAUGUUGCAUUUAAAAAGAACCCUCCCCCUUAGCUGUACUGUAGAUUGUACUGUAGAUGCUAAACAUUUGACAACCUGAUGCUUAUGUCGGAAACCAGUACAGUAUGAUUAGCUCUGGUGUAGUUUUGACUUUUUAUGUCAAGGAUGGUUUCUGGUUGCUUUUACCUGUUUCUGUUACUUUGCAGUAUACCAAGAUGACCCAGAAUAUUAGUCUUGAAUAAAUGUCAUCAGUUGAAUAAGAUAUUUAUCUAAGAAAUAGCUUGUUGUUGCUAGAUUGUUUACAGAUAUUUAGAUAUUAUUGUGCAUAUUUGUUAUGUUAUUUACAUUUAAAAUAAUAUUAUCCAUAUAUCUUCACUCAAUAGAAAAACACCUUUUUCAUUUAUAAAAUUUUCAACAAAGACGUGGUCAGCCAGCCAUUUCGUCUUUCUCUUUUUCCUCUGGUUAUGAUCAGUUAAUCUGACUUUCAGUCAGUCAACAGAAAGUAUUAAGGACUCUUAAUGCCACAGGCCAACCAACCUGUUGAGCAACGAAGCCUAAUACUUUCAAAAUCUGUACAAAAUCUAAUACAAAUGUAUUUCAUAUUUCACUUUGGAUUUGUUGCUUUUUUAAUGAUAUUCUCUCUAUGGGCAAAGAAUUCAGUGUAAUUAAAUCCUUUAUUUCUGACUGUUUUUGGGUCAUCUUAGUAUAAUCGCCUUUAUUUGUUUGCUUUAACGCUUUUAGAUAUAUCAUGUUAAUGCUGUCUGCUGGAACAGAGGACAAAUGGAAAGUUUUAUUUAUGAAGUUUUGAAGGGUAGAUUAUGUUCUUAUAAUAUAUUGCACUCAUGCACAAAGCAUCUUUAUUUAAUAUGAUUUGACACGAUGUUUUAAGAAUGUAUGGAAAACUGGUUUGUGUUUAAAAACGCUACGGCCCUGUCCUGAAAGGAGGAGAAGAUAAGAUUCUGAAACUGUGCCAUUUUCACUUCAGCAAUCAAACCACCAUCAACACUGCACCAAAUUGCAUAGAUUUUUUAAGGUUAUAACUGGCAGAUGUUGUGCAGUGCUUCCAGCCCUAACUAUUCAAGGGUAUCGUGUUAAAAAAAAAAAAAACACCUUGAGAGACAGUUUUAGGGCACUGGACAAUAAUUGUUAAAAGGUAAAUGAGUUGAUUAUUUCAUAUUUGGCUGCUUUUUAAUUGUCAUAGCUCUGGAUCGAAGCAUGCAGGUCCACUUAUCUUCUGCUGUACUCUGUCCCUCUCUCCUGCCUUACCGCUUGCUAAUGACGACAGCCCCCCACCCCCGAAGUGCUGCUUGUAAAGUAUUGUCAUUCAUGAUCCUUGUAAUGACUAACCGGAAACCUCCCUCUUGGUUCUGUCUUGUAUAUAAAUGGAGAUUUUCUGUGUUGGGUCUCAUCACACAGAUGAUAUUAACUCUCUCUUCCUCUGUAUACCAUGAUGAAUAAGAAUAACUGGCCUGCUGCUUUGUCAGGUGUCACCUUAGAGUAAAGAGUGCUGGUCUGGGACCAGUUUUGCACAUUUCAGCUUAAUGUGGAUCAGGUGGUCAUUGCGGAGCAGGUAGAUGAUCCCAGGUCUGUGCUCUUGCUCUGAGCUGCUUGACAGAAGCAGAAACAGUUCCUAGCCUGUGAUGAAGUCUUAAUCUCAGUGCUCACGUUUAUCUUUUGAGUGUUCUGGAGUUUUUUCUCAUGUCUGUGGACACGUAACAAAAGUUGUGAAGAAAAAAAUAAGGCGAAUAAAUAAAUGAGUGUUAAACUUA